AUGGCCAACCUUGCUGCCAUCAUCCCGGCUGCCAAGGCGCCCCUUGAGGUCCAUGAAGUCGAUACUUACAAUCCCGGCCCUCAUGAACUCCUCAUCAAGAACGAGGUCAUUGCAUUCAACCCAGUGGAAUUCAAAAUUGCCAAACUCGGCAUCUUUCCGUUUCAGUUCCCUGCCAUUAUUGGCUCUACCUUUGGGGGAAGAGUUGAAGCGGUCGGCCGACAAGUCACAGACUUUCAAGUUGGUGAGAGAGUGGUGGUCUCGAAGAAGUUCGGGGUCGUAGGCAAUCAAUAUGGGGCAUAUCAAAGAUAUGUGCUUGUUGGGGAUGUCAUGGUCAGCAAAGUCCCGGCCGACAUCGACUCAGCCAUUCCGGCUAGUCUCAUGAUGAAUUUGACCUGUGUGGUCGGCCUAUUCACUGGAAGAGUGGGACUGGACAAGCCCAGCCUCGACGGCUCCACGCCAGUCAAAGGUCUGAAGGUUCUGGUCUACGGCGGCUCCUCCAGCUUUGGCGGUCUUUCCCUAUAG